UUAAUCACUCGCACCUCGCGCCACACAGAUCACCGACCCUUUCCACUUCCCACUUUCCACAGGCGGAUUAUCUCUCAACAGAAUCCAAUCCAACCUAACAGAGGCAGAGGCAGAGGCAGCAAUGGCGGCCAUAAGCUCUGUUGUAGGAACUGGAAGCGUGCCCCAAAUCCAAAAUCGUAGUGGCCUUGCCCCUUUUACCCCUUUACAUACUUCCUUAUUUUCUCCAACCAGGCGUCUGCUUGAAGUUGGUGCUGGUAGGACAUCUACACUAAGUGCCAUUGAUGACAGAACUACUUUUUGUUUAUCCAAGCCUAAAUUUGACAAUGCCGGUCAGCACACGGUAAGUAAACUGGUCACAUCUCAAAGAAAUAUUGUGUGCUCUGCUUUGCCAGAAUCAUCUACUUCUACUGUUGCUGCUGAUACAAAGGAGGUAAAAACAGCUCAAAAGGCAGCUCCAGCCAAGCCUAAAGUUGCAGCGAAAGCUCCAGUCAAGCCGUUGCCUCAAAUGAUGGAGGAGGAUGUUAUCCCGCAACUGAAAGCAAUACUUGAAACUCAAGAUGAACUCUCUGACAUUGAGCUAUCUUUUCAAGACGACAAGCUGGAAGGUCUCUUUUUAAAAAAGGACAUUCGGUAUUCAUUUUGGGCCUUCUUUCCCGGUGGAGUCCUCACAGGUCCAAAAGGGUUUUCUCUGUCUUCCUAUGGCCAAGGAGCGAGUACAGUUGAGCCUUUUCUCAUUGAUGAGAAGAAAAUAACGGCAAAACAUAUUGUAUUUUGGGUUGAAAAGCGUCUAGCAGCUCAAGGAAUCAUUCCGGUGUGGAAAGACUAAAACUCCUAAACGAGUUAUUGACAUUCAUUCCCGAUGUUCUAAAAUUGAUGUCUACCUGGAUGCAGAUUGACGUGAUCUUCUUGUAUUGGAUAUAGCUAAUUCACUUGUUAACUUUUCAUGUAAAUCAUUUUCUUGUUGUAAAGAGGUAGCGACCUUGUACGACUGUAAUAUUAGUCCUUUGUAUAUGAUCAGCAGCAAACUACACAAUUGAUGCAGACAAAACAAAUUGUUCCCAGUUUUUACAA